GCAUUCUGCCCCAAAACAUUGCCAGCCCCCGCUUUAAUGUAUCAUCCGCUAUGUAACUGAAGAGCAUAACUAGUUUCUAGCCUUCCUGGUUGUUAAAGUAAUCCUUAAUUCAUAAAACAGGAAUAAAAUGAAAAAGUACUUUAUUCCCCCCCCCCCCCCGGAGUCUGUGACCAGACUACUCUAGUGCCUCUGUUGCUACCUCACAUCAUUGCCAGACACCAGUAAAUUAAAAUUUUGUCAGCUUAACUACUGCAGUUCAGACCCCUGUGAGCAGCAAUGAUGCUGUGAAGAAUUGCAUUGUUUUCACAAUGCUGCUGCCUAAGAAAACUGCAGAGCAGCAGUCUAAUAAAGGAGUUCUUCAAGAUGAGGCAUAUCCCCAAAAUGAUGUUUGGGACCUUUUUUCCUCUUCACAGUAAAUAGGAAAUGCUUAAAGCAGGAGUAAAAGCAGACGCUUUUCUCUUAAAUAUAAACAGAGGUAUAGGUCAUAGCUGUGUUGGUCUAAGGACAUAGGUAGACAAGGUUCUUGGUCUAACAAAGAUAUCAGAUUUACACAAACUCAAAUAGUUUGAAAAAAUGCCAAGAAGAAUUUUUCCAACUAUUUGAGUUGAUUUAAUAAAAGAUACCAGAUUUACCCAAAGAACCUUGUCUGCCUGUUAAAUGUAACACGUUCUUUCUAGCUGGAGGCUGAUAGAAAAUACAGAGCCCUCCCACUGGAACAGUCUCAAGACUAAACUCAGAAAAAAGCCUAGUACACCAUCAUCCUCCCUAGUAGCUAAGGGAGAAGUAGUUGGAUAUAUUGAUAUUUUUCUUGGUUCAGUGUAAAAAGGGGGUUGGACAGGAGGGGAAGGUUUCCAUUUUGGAUAAUGUUUGCUGCUUGUGAACAAUCUUCAGGCAGAGUUAUGUUAUCUUUAAACUGCAGUUCUUUACAGUGACAUGAAAGGCAAAAAAUAAGCACUGACCUAGUGCAGUUAAUUUUCCAGAAAAUGGAAAGAGCCGCUUGUGGGAUACUGCGCAUUCAGAAGCUGCACACUGCAGAAUGGUAUACCAGAAACAUUACAUCUUUAAAAGAGGUCACCAGCAACUGUUUUUUUUUUUCUCAUUUGAAAAACCAGUUGUGUGCAGAAGAAACAGGAUAGCAGAAAAGCUUAAUAGUGCACCACAGGAGGAAUCUAAAUAUUAAAAAAAAAAUUAUUCAGUUAAUUCAGCUCAGUGCAGUUUUAAUUCUAUGGUCCUUAGUGAUGACUCCUAUACCUCAAAUUCAUUAGAGUACAAAGAAUUUUAAUUCAACGAAACAUCAAAAUGCACAAACAAAAUCAAACAGAAGACUUUGAAAGGCACAAAUUGGAAACUAGCAGGGGUAAAAAUUCCUGAGGUUUCAGCCAGGAAGGUUUCAAUUUUCAAGCAGUUGUUCUCGAGUCUAAAUAAUACCAAGAAAAAAUAAUGGCUAGUCUGAAGGUAGUGGGUUAUCUCAAUUGUUCACAGUCAGUUACAGAAUAAUGGUAUUAGGAGACAAGAAAGUGGUAUGGGAUUUUGAUGGGGGUUAACCUGCAAGCUGUGAUUUUAGUCUGUUACAAACUGAAGUAUUACCAGAACUCAGAAACGUUGUACCCUAGCUGCCAAAUAUACUACCAGUAAGUAACACUGUCUCUUUCAAGACAUGUAAAGAAAAUGCUCAUGGAUCCAAUUCUCUUCUACUGAAGUAAAUAACAAAACUCCUGUUGAUCUAAGUGGUAUUGUUUCAAGGCUUGAGUGCAAAUGCAUCUUAUUCUUACAGGUCUUUCCACUUAAAUGUUUUAUCUAACGCAUCUUGUCUGAUAGUUCAGCUUCCAAGAUCUUCACUGAGCAGCAGAGUGCUGUUCUUUUGUAAUGAUCAAUAUUGAAGGUCAGGACUGAAUGUGAAAAAUAUCCAGUUCGUUUAAAGAUCCUGGUAAAAGCAUGCCCAUAAAUGAGUGGGCUUGCUUUUUGGUUCCUGAUCUUGUUGCAUAUUAGCAUUAGGUAGAGUACAAAUGUUCUUUUGAAGUUCUGAGGCAUACCCCAUGCUUCAAAUGUAAGAAAAUGCAGUUAUGUGUAUUCAGCGUGUUGGCAGCAAAGUGAGCACAACAGACAGCCAGGUACAUGGCACAGAUGCAACUACAGGAGUAGAACAAACAGAAUAUAGAAAAGCACCAGAUAUAGUACUGAGGAAGACUCAUCUGAUUCUGAUAGGUAUGUAAGGUAUAGUGAUGAAGCUAGUUCACUUGGUACUCAGUGAUUCUCUUGAUAAACUUAAGAAUGCUGUUGGAAACUGAAGGAGAAAGGGAUGCUUGUUGUCUCUCUACCCUACUCAUAGUAACAAAUGCGCUUGUUGAAGUCACUGAUGAAAUCCCCAUUCUUUUCUAUGGGAGCAAGAUGAGACCCAGAAUAUUUUGGGGGUAAAAGUAGGCCGGUUAGUUAUGCCAGAAGUCCUGUUGAAGCCCUGCAUAGUUCUAACUGGUGGAAGACAAAAGUAACUGGUUCACUUUAUUGUUAAUUGAGAGGACAUAGAGCUAAGAGCCUGAAAGUCUCCUGGUACCUUUUCCUCCUCUCUCUUAGAAAAAGGAAGGAGAUCUUUAGGGGGAAAAAAAACUUCGUUAAAUGCCCUAGGAGAUUUGGAACAUAACUUCUUUUGCAGGUAUUGGCUUCUUUCCGAACUGGUUUGUCAAAUAGAGAAACACAAAAAAGGUAAAUAGAAAACAUGAGUUAUAUGUAGAGAUAGACAUAUGGACUGUACAUGUAGCUGGAACUCAAACAUUAGAAAUAUAAUUGGAAAAUGGCUGUUUAUGUAGAUGGCUAUAUUCUAUUUAAAAACACAUUGCAUCUCUGCAGAAGAGUUUGAUGUAUGUUUGUUCCUGGCUUGAGCACUGGUAAAUGUCUAUAUAGGAUAAUGUAUUAAUGCAUAAAUUCAAGUUUUGAUCUCUGGAAACAAGUUGAAAUACUGGAAAAAUAGUGUCAUAGAAGUGAUAUGAAUGAAUACUGAAUUAAGUGGCCAGUUGUACCCUAUGCUUUAAUUAGCACCUUAUAGCCAUCAUGGCAACCUCUUCUGAAGAAGUGUUACUGAUAGUGAAGAAGGUACGUCAAAAGAAGCAAGAUGGGGCUCUCUACCUUAUGGCUGAACGGAUAGCCUGGGCACCUGAAGGCAAAGACCGAUUCACAGUCAGCCAUAUGUACGCAGACAUAAAAUGCCAGAAAAUUAGUCCUGAAGGAAAAGCUAAAAUUCAGCUUCAGCUGGUAUUGCAUGCAGGGGACACAACCAACUUCCACUUCUCCAAUGAAAGCACAGCAGUGAAGGAACGAGAUGCAGUGAAGGACCUUCUUCAGCAGCUGUUGCCCAAAUUCAAGAGGAAAGCUAAUAAGGAACUUGAAGAAAAGAACAGAAUGCUGCAAGAAGAUCCUGUUUUGUUUCAGCUUUAUAAAGACCUUGUUGUGAGCCAGGUAAUCAGUGCUGAGGAAUUCUGGGCCAACCGUUUAAGCAUGAAUGCAGUGGAUAGUUCUGCGGCACAUAAUAAGCAGGAUGUGGGCAUCUCUGCAGCAUUUCUGGCUGAUGUUCGGCCUCAAACGGAUGGUUGCAAUGGUCUGAGGUAUAACUUAACCUCCGAUAUCAUUGAAUCCAUAUUUAGAACAUAUCCCGCAGUAAAAAUGAAAUAUGCAGAAAAUGUUCCACAUAACCUGACUGAAAGGGAAUUCUGGACACGAUUUUUCCAAUCCCACUAUUUCCAUCGGGAUAGGGUGAACACAGGUUCAAAAGAUCUCUUUGCUGAAUGUGCCAAAAUGGAUGAGAAAGGGUUAAAAACAAUGGUCUCUCAAGGAGUGAAAAAUCCUCUGUUAGAUUUAAUGGCCUUGGAAGAUAAAUCUUUAGAUGAGGGUUAUGGUGUUGCCUCUGCACCAUCCACAUCAAACUCAUCAAAAUCGAUAAAAGAAAAUAGCAAUGCUGCCAUUAUAAAACGCUUUAACCAUCACAGUGCCAUGGUUCUUGCAGCUGGGCUCAGAAAACAAGAAGCGCACAAUGAUCAUUAUAGUGAGACCAGCAGCACAGAUGGAAACUCCAGAGACUCGGAUUUCUUUCAGCCACCAAUGAAAAAGGUGAAGUUACAGGAAUCUAUUGAAUAUGAAGAUUUAAGAAAGAAUAAUAGCAUUAAAACUAUUGCACUAAACCUAAAGAAAUCUGAUCGGUAUUAUCAUGGUCCAACUCCAAUUCAGUCACAGCAGUAUGCAACCAGUCAGGAUAUUAUUAAUUCUUUUCAUAGUAUUAGACAAGAAAUGGAAGCCUAUGUACCCAGACUAACUCAGGUUCUUUCAAGUGGUGAUGCUGCUAGCACCAUCACAGCCCUAUCACCUGGGGGAGCACUUAUGCAGGGUGGAACACAGCAAGCCAUAAACCAGAUGGUGCCAAAUGAUGUUCAGUCUGAACUGAAACACUUGUAUGUGGCUGCAGGGGAGCUACUGCGACACUUCUGGUCCUGCUUUCCUGUUAAUACACCAUUCCUAGAAGAAAAGGUUAUGAAAAUGAGGAGUAAUUUGGAAAGAUUUCAAGUUACAAAGCUCUGCCCAUUCCAAGAAAAAAUCCGGAGACAAUAUUUAAGCACAAACUUGGUAAGUCAUAUAGAAGAGAUGUUGCAGACAGCCUACAAUAAGUUCCACAUGUGGCAAACCCGGCGUAUGUUAAAGAAAACGUGAAGAUUCCUACUGAAAAGGUUUGAGAGAGAAAUCUGCAAUAGCUAUAGGAAUACAACCUAGCAUAUUUGCAGAUCUUAUAGACAUUGCAGGAACACCUGCAGUGCGUGGACUUCUGGAAAUGAUGCUAACUGAACUUGCACGUUUUUGGAAAGAAACUGAUUUUAAACUUGAAAACUAGGGAGAAAAUAUGGAAGAACCAAAACAGAAAAGCUGAGGGGCAAAAAUAUUUAAGAGACACUGUUUACUGCAGUUACUCAGGAACUGCUUUUGAUUUGCGUAAAGAGCUGCUUUCAGAAAUAAAAACUUUUAAAAAGGGUGUAUUAAUGGAAAAAAUCCAUUUUUGUCUAAUUUUUUAAGUGUAUGGCACAGGGUAGAAUUCAAAUGUUUUUCUUCACUGGAUUCUGGCAUUUUAUUGAAUUCUGUUUGUACUUACUGAAACCAAGGUUUAACAAACUCUUUUAAAAAUAGCUGAGACUGUUUUUGCUUCAAACAGCUGGAGAGAUUAGCUGUCACAAGACAAGCUUCUGCCAUAUGUUUCCCCAUAAAUUGGAAGCAAGAGACAUUGCACUGAAAGCUGUUUGUGGUGUGGAGUCCCUGAAGGUGUAUGGGGGCACACACCUUUGCCUAACAUCUGGGGUUUUUAUGCAGAAUUUCUUUUUUCCAGCCAUCAAGUUUGCAUGUUUUCCUUUGAGUGCAAGCGUGUGCUGUUGCAGUCUUUUUCUUUUUUUUUGUAGGUGGCAUUAGUUUGGAAGAGAGAAUGCAUUUUUCAAAGUAAAAGUUCAAAAUAAAGUUUCUUACAAAAAACAAAGUCACUUAUUUUCACCUCUCAGAAGAAAUAAAGUUAUUUCUCCUAAA